CUCACUAACCGAGUCAAACUAAAAACCCUUGCAAAAUCCUCAUUUUCAUCUCCCAAAAAAAUGCUCCUCCACCGCAAACUGCUAUGCAAAACCCAAAACCACCGUCUCCACCACCAACUUCUCCGCUACAUCAGCCAAUCAGCAGCCGCUUUAAUCCAUCCACAAGACCCGGAAACCCAUUUCUCUUACCUUCCGGGGUUCCCCAAACCCGACCCAUCUGAAACAAUCACAUCAAUUCCUCGUUCUGAAUCAGGAAAAUCAAUCUGUGCUAAAGAAAGAAAAGCUGGUAGAGUUCCAAGCAUUGUUUUUGAGCAAAAAGAUGGACAACAUGGUGGUAAUAAAAGAUUGAUUUCUGUUCAAACUAAACAAAUUAAAAAACUUGUUAAUCAAAUGGGUUCUUCUUUUUUCUUGUCUCGACUUUUUGAUCUUCAAGUUAAGCCUGAUUUUGAUUCUACUGAGAUUAUUGAACAUGUUCGUGUUCUUCCUAAAAAGCUUCAUAUGCAUGCUGCAACUGAGGCUAUACUCAAUGUAACGUUCAUCAGAGCUCCAUCUGAUGCCUUACUGAAGGUUGAUGUUCCUCUUGUAUUUAGAGGAGAGGAUGUAUCACCCGGACUUAGAAAAGGUGCAUAUCUGAAUAUCAUCAGAAAGACUGUCCGAUAUCUUUGCCCAGCCGACAUAAUACCUCCAUAUAUUGAUGUGGACUUAAGUGAGCUUGAUGCGGGUGAAAAGCUGGUAAUGGGGGAUCUUAACGUUCAUCCAGCUCUGAGGCUGAUUCAAUCGAAGGACGAGCCAGUAGUUAAGAUCAUGGGAGCUAGAGUUUCCGAAGUAAAGAAAUCCAAGUAGUUAGAUUUUGAUUCGAGGUAUCCAGAUUACAAGAAUACACUGCUUCAACCUUCUAUAUUUAGAGGUGUACCAUAAUCUAUGAUCAUUGGUAGCGACAUUUUUUGACCCACUUCAUGCUUUCUGCUAAUUAAUAUGUCGUCUUUCUGUCCAUUGGGCCGCAUCAGAUGAUGGGAUUUGUAAUAGAUUUGUCAUUUACGCGAGUAUUUUUGUCUCAUUUUAUGAAUUUUGUUCCUGGGUUAAGACUGCUGCUUGAAGAAUCUAUGUCUUUCAAAUGUACAAUUAUCAGCUGCUUUAUCCAGUGAAUAAUAAUACUAUAAUGCAUGGUUUUUGUAAUUUCUGCAAUUAAUCAAUUUCUGUAAAAUGCUUCCAUUGUAUGUAAUGGAUUCAUGCU